AUGUCACCUUUACCAAGUGGACCGUGGACGGACCUAUCAAUGGAUUUUUGUGGACCGUUUCCCUCGGGAGAUUAUCUCAUGGUUGUUAUGGAUGAGUACUCGAGAUAUCCGAUAGUGGACAUUCUUAAAUCUACCUCUGCAAAAGCUGUUAUUCCUAAGUUAGACAAAAUUUUUGCAGAAUUUGGAAUACCAAAAAUUCUGAAGACUGAUAACGGACCUCCAUUUAACGGAACGGAAUUUCGCCAGUAUUCGGAAUACCUGGGAUUUUCUCACAGGAAAAUUACUCCUUUAUGGCCUAAAGCAAAUGCAGAAUCUGAAAGAUUCAUGAGGACAAUUGAGAAAACUAUCAAAGCAGCUAAUGUGGAGCAUAAAAGUUGGAAACAAGAAAUCUUCACCUUUCUAAGGAACUACAGGGCAACACCGCAUUGUACCACAAAAACAUCUCCAUUUGAAGCACUAUUCAGCCGGAAGAUCAGAACUAAGAUGGAAGUAGACAUUCUUAAAGAAAAUAAAGGAGGAAAAUGUGAAAUCCACAACGAACUAAAGGAAAAUGACAUUAAAGCUAAAUUAAAAAUGAAACAACAUGCUGAUCACUAUUCUCGGGUAAAGGAAAUAGAUUUGGAAGUAGGGGACAAUGUUUUGGUAAAACAGCCAAAAACAAGCAAACUGUCAACCCCGUAUGAACCAAACCCACUCGAAAUUUUAAAAACUAAAGGUACCAUGGUCACUGCAGGAAAUGGUGAGAAGACAAUUACAAGAAACGCAUCACAUUUCAAAAAGAUUGAAAGUAAUAAGGCAGAUCAGGACGAGGAACCAGAAAUUGACAUUGAAAUACCCACGAAGGCAGAUAACACCGCGAGUGACAUACCGAGCCGUCCCAAGAGAGUAAUCCGCACGCCCAAAAGGCUAAUUGAAGAGAUGUUAACACAUACGCGUUUGUGA